AUGGCAGCUGACAAGUCAUCUCCUAUGGAAAAGUCAUGGACCAUCUUUAAGGAAUACCAUAUAGAUGAAGAUGUGGGCUUUGCUCUGCCACUUCCACUGGAGGAGCUCCCUCAUCCUUAUGAUGCCUGGAUCUCUAUUGCUAGAAAUCUGCCUGAACUGAUCAAGAACAACCAACUACGUGUGGAAGUUGAGAAGUUAGCAACGCUCAGCACUGAUGGCCUCCGAGGCCACAAGGCACAGCGCCUGGCACACUUGGUUCUGGGAUACAUCACCAUGGCGUAUGUGUGGGGUCGAGGCGAUGGAGACAUCCGCAAGGUCUUGCCAAGCAAUAUCGCUGUUCCUUACUGCCAGCUGUCUGAGAAGCUGGGACUGCCUCCUAUUCUGCUUUAUGCAGAUUGUGUCUUGGCAAACUGGAAGAAAAAAGAUCCCAAUGGGCCCAUGACUUAUGAGAACAUGGACAUUCUGUUCUCAUUUCCUGGUGGGGACUGCGGCAAAGGCUUCUUUCUGGUUUCUCUGUUGGUGGAAAUAGCAGCUGCCUCUGCAAUCAAAGUGAUCCCCAAUAUAUUUGAUGCAGUACAACGUGAAGACACAGAUACUUUGCAGAAGGCACUGCUUGACAUAUCUUCCAGCCUGCGCGAAGCCCAGAAAGCGUUUUCUCAAAUUCAUGAAUAUGUGGACCCAAACCUAUUUUUCAAUGUUCUUCGAAUAUACUUGUCUGGGUGGAAAGGCAACCCCUUGCUGUCAGAGGGUCUGCUGUAUGAAGGCGUCUGGGACACCCCAAAGAAGUUUGCUGGAGGCAGUGCAGCCCAAAGCAGCAUCUUUCAGUGCUUUGAUGUUCUCCUGGGCAUUCAGCACACUGUUGGUGGAAUCCCUUCAGACUUUGCUGCUGAAUUUCUCCAGGAGAUGAGAACAUACAUGCCACCAGCUCACCAGAGCUUUCUCCUCUCAUUAAAGGCAAAGCCCUCGGUCCGUGAGUUUGUUCUUUCAAAAGGCAAUGCUACCCUGCAGGAAAUUUACAAUGAGUGCGUGGAAGCUAUGGUUUCCUUGAGAAACUACCAUUUGCAAAUAGUAGCUAAAUACAUCAUGAUUCCUGCAAGCCAGCAAUCCAAGGUGGAAAGAAGUUCGGAAGAAGCUUCAGAGUCAAAAAGUAAAGGAACUGGAGGCACCAAUAUCAUGGACUUUCUGAAGACUGUAAGAGGUAAAACUGUGAACUGCCUGUUGAAGGAAGAUUAA